AUGAACGCCCUCAAUUCGCCCACUCCCCACGUCGCCCUCGGUUUCACGCUGGCUAUCCUAGUCGUUUUUGUCAUCGCCAGGAAGCUCCGAACGUCUCAACAAAUAGACUACUUCGAGCUAUCUGGUGUCCCAGCGCCAACACCGCUGCCCGACUUUGACAUUGACAAGGCCAAGCCUAGGCCGUAUCGCCCUUUUCGGUGGGAGUACCACCAGAACAUGUCACUGAUGUCUAUGGAGCCUGAUUGGUGGUUGGAGCUCGAAUCAACCUAUCGUGAACGUAUUACUCAGAGAAAGACACUGCACGCUCAGCAUGGUACGGCUAUCAUUAACGCUCUUCCUGGAAGCGAGCUAGCAUGUCGGGAGCUGAUGGAAAUGGUGAUUCAAUUCCUCUGUGCUCGAUAUCCCAACCAGUUUCAGUACCAUCAUCGAACGGGCACCUUUGUCAACCGCAUCCUCGAAACCACAACCGAUACGAACAGAAUACACCCUCUCGUUUUUCUAAAUGAAAAUGUUCCUGAAGACUUUCUUAUCCCAAUGGAGGAUCCCAGGACGGGGUUGUAUGUUCUUUGUGCUGGGGUGUCUUGUUCGGCAGUUGGAUGGAAUCUCGGAACGAAGAUAGGGAAACCGCUCCAUGAGAUACAUGCCCCCGUUCCAGACUAUGCAGAGAAAAUGAAGUUCUCGAUGGACAGGUUCUUCUCUAAUAUGCCUUGCGAUAAACCUAUUCAGCGGGGAUCAUGGGGUUUAGAAGACGGACAGCCGCUCUUCGUGUUACCUGGUUCCCACGAAAUGAUUGCACGUGAAACUAGACAGCGUCCAGAUAUGAAGGUCGAGGACAUUUAUUUGCGGGUCGAUUGGCAAACUCUCAGAAGAUUACCGAGGUCGAAGGCGAUCGUCUUCAAUUUCAAAGCGCUUUUCACACCCAUGACUGAUUUCAGGAAUGAGCCCUACAUUCCGCGUCUUCUGUUAAAGAUAUUACGAGAGGGAAAACCGUCCAUUUUGCAGUAUAAAGGAUUGUGGCACACGGAACAUGUCGCCUUACCUGCGUUGGAGAAGUGGGCAAAGGAACAAGAAGAUAAAGGAUUAGUUCCUGCAGAUUGGAAAGAGAGGAAACUCGAUGAAAGUCCUUUUUUCCCAAACUGGGACAAGCAGAGGAACUAG